UCAGCUGCCAGUUUAACGUCAAAACAAUCGGGUCUUUCGUAACGUUAAAUCAAAACAGACGGGCUUACAGUAGUCAAACAUUUCAAGUGCAGUGGCUGUCAGGAUGUUCAGCAUUCGGUGCCUGCGCCAGUGCUAUGGUCUCCGGCACCCUGCAGUACCUUGGACCCAGAAGGUCCAUGGAUCUUUUAAUUCCCGGAGAGAUUUCACGCCCUUGUGCCGGAUCAAAACCCACGUGAUAGUACCACAAAAACACGGACUCCGUUUAACCCAUGGCAAAGGAGAAACUGAUGGUGGAGCCCUGAGCUUCAUACUCCUCCGAUGGACAAAAAUGGCCUGGAGUAAUAUGUUCGGAAAGUAUCUGAUCAUCACGAACGUGGUGGGUUCCGGGCUUCUGAUGGUCGUGGGUGAUGUGAUAGCCCAAGAGUAUGAAUACAGGCGGGGACUGCGGCACCACGAUCGUUUCGAUACGGAUCGCAUGUACAGGAUGUUUGUAGCGGGUGCUCUGCAAGGGCCUCUCCAUCACUUUGUAUACAACUGGAUGGAUAGGAUAAUGCCAGCCCGCACCUUCCAGAAUAUAAUCAAGAAGAUCCUGAUAGACCAGCUAUUUAUGUCGCCCGCCUGUAUUAUCAUAUUCUUCUAUUCCAUCUGUUAUCUGGAGCGCCAAACGCUGGAAGCUACAAAUCAAGAGCUUAUCAGCAAGUUCCCGUAUGUCUAUAUGCUAGACUGGAUGACCUGGCCGGCGGCGCAGUACCUGAACUUUCGCUAUCUUGACACCAAAUACCGGGUGACUUUUGUCAAUGUAUGCACGGCGGUUUAUAAUGUGCUCAUGUCUUACAUGAAGCAUGAUUUUGGGAUUCAUUUGCCACUGGAGGGCGAGUUGCUGGAAUCUUCAGAGAAGACCUUCCUACAACAAAGUUCUCCACAAAAGCCCAUGGAAGCCCAGAAGUCCGUUUAAGACACUACAAGCAUCGCAGGAUAUAUGUGAUAUUGAUAAAAAUCUAAAUUACCAAGUCAUUGUGUACACGGGUGUUUUUAUGUAAAAGAAGAGGCUCUUAGUAUCAAUUUUUAUGCGUGAAUGCUGUCUAUGUUGUAAUUCCUAGAGUAGGUAACCGCCUACUCUUUCUAACUUCUUAAGCUUAGGGCACGCGUUCUCGUUUUGAUGUAAUAUACGCUGCGAAAAAACAAAUAUGUUGUCUAUAUUAUAAAUGUCUAGACAAAUUUCUAAGUAAUGUUUUUAAUGGAUUUUCUAACGAUCAAUUGCCGCUUUGAACAAAACGAAAAACAUAUCAAAUUGUAACCUCAACCUAGGUUAUCAAUUGCCAAAACAAACAGUUGCUUAAUUGAUAAGAAAGUACUAGUCUUUGUAUGCAUAAAAGUUAAUAUUUUAAGACAACGCGUGAAGUUAUGUAUUGAUUAAGUAAAGGAAACAAUGCGUAUGAAUUAAACGUUAAAAGGACAAACUAAAA